AUGAGCUGGAACGGGUGGACGAAGGCAGCAAGCAGGCGAGUUGACCAGCGGAGCGGGGCGCUGGCCUCCUCGAGCGGACGGACGAUGACCGCGACUACUCUGGCAACGGCGACGACGGCGGCUGCGACGAAUGAGCGGAAAGGGGCGUCGGGCUGGCUGUCGCACGGCUUACAGAGUCAGAAGGAAGACAUUGAUUUACCGUUAUAUGAUUUUUCGACCAUUGCCAUUGCUACUGGACAUUUCUCACUGACCAACAUGAUUGGAGCGGGUGGCUUUGGUUCAGUCUACAAGGGAAAUCUUUCCCUGGGUCAAGAAAUAGCGGUGAAGAGGCUGUCGAAAGGUUCAAGACAAGGCCUUGAAGAAUUUAUGAAUGAAGUACUCCUAAUUGCCAAACUUCAGCAUAGGAAUCUUGUCGGACUUCUUGGCUGUUGCAUUGAGGGAGAAGAAAGAAUGUUACUAUAUGAGUAUAUGCCAAAUAAAAGCUUGGAUUAUUUCAUUUUCGAUGAUGACAUAAGCUUCUUGUUAGCAUGGAAAAGUCGCUUCGACAUAGUUUUAGGAAUCACGACAGGACUGCUUUAUCUUCAUCAAGAUUCAAAACUGCAAGUCAUUCACAAAGAUCUCAAAACAAGUAAUAUUUUGUUAGAUGUGGACCUCAAUCCUAAAAUCUCAGACUUUGGCCUUGCAAGAAUCUUUGGAGGCAAUGAAAGAGAAGCCAGAAUGAGAAGAAUCACUGGUACCUAUGGCUACAUGUCUCCAGAAUAUGCUUUUGAUGGAAAAUUCUCUGUGAAAUCCGAUGUUUUUAGCCUUGGUGUAGUUUUACUAGAGAUAGUAAGUGGCAAAAGGAACAGAGGGUUCUGCCAUCCUGAUCAUCAACACAACCUUCUUGGGCAUGUAACAUGGUUGUUGUGGAGCGCAGGCAGGUCCUUGGAGCUUCUAUAUGAAUCUCUAUGCGACUCCUUCAUUGCAUCCCCAGUAGAGAGAUGCAUUCAUGUUGGUUUGCUAUGUGUCCAAAAGCUUCCUGGAGAUAGGCCGACAAUGUCUUCAGUCGUUUUCGUGUUAGCCAACGAGGAAGCAAUCUUGCCAAAGCCUAAACAGCCCGGUUUCUAUAUGGAGAGAGUUCCAUUGAGCACAGAGCUAUCUUCAAUAAGGGAAGACUUAUACACAAGGAAUAUCAUUACGAUCACCAUGCCAGAAGGUUGA